AUGUUGCAGUUAAGUAGGAAUCUCCGAGCCUACAGUGGAACGGCACAGUGUAUCAGUAGUAUUACUUUUAACAGGUUAUUCUCUACCACCAAACCAACUCAAGGGACUAAAGCUAUUAAAUUCUUGAAAGCACAAAGAAGGAGACAAAGAAAUGAGAUUAAACAGACUAAUCUGAAAAAAUCGGCCGACAUGGUUGAUCCUGUAUUCGGGCAUAAAGAUACACCUUUCAUUGUUCGUAUUCAGGCAGAGCUUAAAGAACCUAAUGUGUUAUCUCAUGGGUACGAAGGGAAGGAAGUCGAUAAGUUUUUGGCCGCUGUGGAUGCCACUGAACGUGAACAAGCAGAACUUUCCGGAUUAAAUAUGGAUCUUUUUGAAACUACCGAUGCUAAAAUUGUGGAGACUAGGAAGGAAGUCAUUUUAAGAAUUUUGAACAUGAGAAAUGCUGAUAAUCAGGAAUCCAUGAAGAUGGCUUUACGACUAGCUCGUGAAGAAUUUCAACGAUUCCCAGGUGAUACCGGUUCUAGUGAAGUUCAAGCUGCGUGUAUGACCGUUAAAAUAUUUAACAUGGCUCAUCAUGUACAAGAACAUAAAAAGGAUUUUGCAAAUACGAGGUUAUUAAGAAUUCUUGUUCAAAAGAGACAAAAUAUAUUACAAUAUCUAAAGAGAGAUAAUCCUGAAAAGUAUUAUUGGGCCAUUGAAAAAUUGGGUUUAACAGAUGCAGCUGUAACUGAGGAAUUUAACUUGGACAGACGUUACAUGCAGGAUUAUAAGUUCUUUGGUGAUAAGAUAUUGAUUAAAGAUUCUAAGAAAACUAUCGAUGCUCAACGUAGGAACUUGAGAACCCAAAAGAUGAUUGAAAAUUUGGAAUAA